GCCUCGGUGAUUGGAAUCGCGCUAAUUAAUCCCAUGAUCUUGUCUAACCAUGAAGAUCAAGUAAUGCUUGAUUUGUAAUAUGACAAAACUACCAAAUCAUGACUGGUUAACCGGGCAGUCAUUGUAGAUUUAUGUUUCAGAUCAAUAUUAUUCUGAGUCAUUUGUCACACGGUAUUGUAGCAAUCGGCCGGUAGCAAUGAUACGAUUGAUGAAGUGGUUGGAUUAUGUAAAGAUGUCAAAGGAGACGCUAUCCAGGGGUAGGUCCCGGGGCGGUAGACUAUAAAAGCAAGGGUGCCGGGGAUGGAUCGGCCAUUCCUUAAUGGUAGUAGUGUUACUACUCAGUUACACCGCAGGCGAGCAAGUAACUUGGCAUGGGACAACGACCUCGGAAAUAAUUGGAAUUGUUAAUCCGCAACAUUGCUACGUUAGCGUACCUUGGACGGAAUAUAAAACAAGAUAUCGGGCUGCACUGUAACUUGUUAAGACGAUCACAUAAAUCGAUAUCAUAUUUUGCUCAUCAUUUUUACUAUGUCGGACCUUAGUAUCCAGCCUGGAUCCCUCGUACUCGUGACAGGCGUGAACGGAUUCAUCGGCAGUCACAUCGCGGACCAGAUUUUACAUCAUGGCUAUCGUGUUCGGGGCACUGUCCGUAGCAUAGCCAAGGAUCAGUGGAUGAAUGAACAUUUCGAGAAGAAGUACGGUCCUGGAAAAUUCGAGUUGGCCGAAGUACCUGAUAUGUUGGCGAGCGGUGCCUUCGAUAAGGCUAUGAAAGGGGCAUCUGGCCUGGCGCACGUCGCGACGCCCGUGAUGACAAGCCCCGAUCCUAACCUCAUAAUACCCCCCACCGUAGACAUCAUGAUACGUGUCCUAGAGGCAGCUGCGAAGGAGCCCGAGAUGAAAAGGGUCGUCCUAACCUCCUCUUCCGGGGCGUGUGCAUCCCUUGACGGUACCCAGGUAUUCGCAAUCAACUCGAAUAUGUGGAAUGAAGCUUCAAUCGAAGCAGCGUAUGCACCGCCACCUUACGAAGGUAUGGCGCGCAUCGAAAAAGUCUACCAUGCAAGCAAGACCAGACAAGAACAGGAGGCAUGGAAGUGGGUGCGAGAGCAUAAGCCGUCAUUUGUCUUCAACGCAGUUCUGCCCAACGCCAAUAUAGGGGCCCCGCUUGAUCCUGUUCACCAGGGUUAUCGGAGCACGACCGGUUGGAUCAAGAUCGCGUUUGAGAAAGGGGAUCAACUCAGACCAAAAGACUUCUUCGGAUUAUCUCCUCAGUACUUUGUCGACGUACGCGACAACGCCGCAUUGCACGUAGCCGCGCUCAUAUACCCCGACGUGGAAGGUGAGCGUUUAUUCGCCUUUUCUGAGCCCUUCAACGGGAACAAGAUCAUAAGGACCUUGAAGAAGAUCUACCCGGACCGUGAGUUCGGUGAGGAGGAGCCUAACGCGGCAACGGAGAGGAGUACGGUUGCCAAUGAAAGAGCCGAGGAGCUUCUAAGGAGAAUGACCGGACAUGGAUGGACGAGCUUCGAAGAUAGUAUUAGGGUCGCAGCUAAGGAAAUAACUGGCUAGAGGCCAAGAGUUAUCGUAGUAUCGUUAUGUUCUCCCAGAUCUGGGGGCUCACGUCCCAUAGACAACAUAUUAGAUGGUUGGUUUGUCAAUCGGGGUUUUUCGAAAGAGUAGAUUGCAAAGCACCGGAGAAGAUAGUCCCUAGUCAGACAAUCAGGAUUGAAUCAUCAUGGCAAAUAUCAUCUGCAAUUGGUUCCGAUUACGAGAUGCUCAUGCGAUGUUUGCUGACGCUCUAGACGUACGAGGAAUACAAG